ACAUGAAGACCGCUAACGGCGCUUUCCUCCCUUGAUAAAGUCACGUUGUACCGUACCGUACCUCUCUCAGUCCCUCUCCCAAGCCGCGGUGUAACUCUCAGCACUCCCGAAACACACCACCAAGAAACCAACCAUGUCUGAGAAACUUGCCUUCAAAGUCGCUGACAUCAGCCUUCACGAGUGGGGGCGCAAGUGCCUGGACAUCGCCGAGAACGAGAUGCCCGGUCUGAUGAAGAUGAAGGAGCUGUACGGGAAGAGCAAGCCGCUGACAGGCGCGCGUAUCGCCGGCUGCCUGCACAUGACCCUACAGACCGGCGUGCUCAUCGAGACGCUCACCGCCCUCGGAGCUGAGGUCCAGUGGUCCAGCUGUAACAUCUUCUCCACCCAGGACCACGCCGCCUCUGCCAUCGCCAAGACCGGGGUCCCCGUGUACGCGUGGAAGGGCAUGACGGACGAGGAGUACGUGUGGUGCAUCGAGCAGACCAUCUACUUCAAGGACGGCAAGCCCCUGAACAUGAUCCUGGACGACGGCGGAGACCUCACCAACAUGGUGCACCAGAAGUACCCCCAGCUGCUGGCCGGUAUCCGCGGAGUGUCUGAGGAGACCACCACAGGAGUCCACAACCUGUACAAGAUGAUGAAGAACGGAGACCUCAAGAUCCCUGCCAUCAACGUCAACGACUCUGUCACCAAGAGUAAGUUUGACAACCUGUACGGCUGCAGGGAGAGUCUUAUCGACGGCAUCAAGCGCGCCACCGACGUCAUGAUCGCCGGGAAGGUGGCCGUGGUCGCCGGCUACGGAGACGUGGGCAAGGGCUGCGUGCAGGCGCUGCGGGGCUUCGGCGCCCGCGUCAUCGUCACGGAGGUGGACCCCAUCAACGCCCUGCAGGCCGCCAUGGAGGGUUACGAGGUGACCACCAUGGACGAGGCCUCCAAGGAGGCAAACAUCUUCGUCACGACCACGGGCUGUGAAGACAUCAUCCUCAGCCACCACUUUGAGAACAUGAAGGACGACUCCAUCGUCUGCAACAUCGGACAUUUUGACUGCGAGAUCGACAUGGCCUGGUUGAACGCCAACGCAGCCAAGAAGAUCAACAUUAAGCCCCAGGUGGACCGCUACAGGAUGAAGAGCGGACGUCACAUCAUCGUCCUGGCCGAGGGUCGCCUGGUCAACCUGGGCUGUGCCAUGGGACACCCCUCCUUCGUCAUGAGCAACUCCUUCACCAACCAGGUUCUGGCCCAGAUCGAGCUGUGGACCAACACCGCCAAAUACCCCCUGGGAGUCUACUUCCUGCCCAAGAAGCUGGAUGAGGAGGUGGCCGCAGCCCAUCUGGACAAGCUGGGGGUGAAGCUGACCAAGCUCAGUGUGAAGCAGGCCAAGUACCUGGGUCUGCCCCAGGAAGGCCCCUUCAAGCCCGACCACUACCGCUACUAAGACACACCCUCCCUCGCCAAGCCCCGCCCACUCCACGGAUGGGGGCGGGAGGGGCACCGGGCGGAGGGCUGACACGGUGGGCGACAGCAGGAGCAGAGGGGGUUUCUGGGAGUUUGAGUUUUUGUGAGGAGGGGGCGGUUGGCUGGUGUGAUGGUUAGGCCCUAGUGCUUUAAUGUUAACCAUGCUGAGGUCUCGCCGCUGUCUGGGUUGUUGGUGAUGAUGAGGAGGGGAGGUUAUCCACAACCGGCCCAAAUCAUUUCAAUCAGUGUUGCAUAAUCAACGGUUGCUGAGAAUCCCAGCCAUCCCGCGGCCGGGCUGGUCUCAGUGCCUGGCUUCUAUCAGUGUUUUAUUAGUUCAUCCCUGGCCGUCCAUUAGAGCCCGACUGGCUGGAUGCUGGCUCCUCUGCCUCGUGCACUAAA